AUGGCUACCCACAACGACCCAGAGUCCACAGAAGUUACUUCUACUUCCCCGCAAUUGCCGCUUCAUGAAUAUGUUGAGGCAGACGAUGUGUCGUCUGAUGCGGAAGGCUUCUCUUAUGAAGCUGAAUGCUCGAGCUACACAACAAGCCUAAGUUCGAGUGUCUUCGCGUACAAAUUUGAGCACGGCCGCCGUUACCACGCGUACAGAGAUGAGAAUUACUAUCUCCCGAAUGAUGAUGAAGAGAAAGGCCGACUCGAUCUUUUCCAUCAUAUUCUAACUCUCAGUUGCAACAACAAACUCCACCUUGCACCGAUUAGUCCCGAUGUCGAACAGAUUCUGGAUUUAGGAACCGGCACAGGGAUUUGGGCUAUAGACAUGGGGGAUUUGUAUCCUUCAACAGAGGUUUUGGGAAACGAUCUUAGCCCUAUACAGCCUACUAUGGUGCCCCCUAAUGUAAGGUUUGAAGUGGAUGAUGUAGAGAAUGACUGGGAUUACCGCUCGGAGUUCGAUUAUAUACAUGCUCGCUACUUUGCUGGAGCGAUCAAAGACUGGCCAAAUCUACUACGCCAAACAUUCAAGUUCACUAAACCAGGAGGCUGGGUGGAGUUUCAAGAUUUCGAAAUGCAAUUCUACACGACUAACGGGGAGUUCAAGACCGGCUGUCCGUUAGAUAAGUGGUGUACUGAAAGCAUUGAAGGCCUGAGGUCUGUUGGACUCGAACCUUCUCCCGGGCCCAAAUUACAACAGUGGUUCAAGGAUGCCGGAUUUACCAAUGUACAACAGAAGGUCGUGCCCGUGCCGGUGGGUGUUUGGCCAAAAGACAAAAGACUGAAAACCGUAGGAGCGCUUAAUUACCAUCAAUUCAAUGACGGACUGGAUGGCAUGUCGUUACGAAUAUUCACAGCUAUGAAGGGCUGGCAACCAGAAGAGCUACGGGAAUUUCUGGCUGAUGUGAGGAAGGAUCUCAGAAACCCUCGACUACAGGCACAGCAUAAUUUUUAUGUGGUAUAUGGGCAGAAGCCAGAAUGA